AAUCAGCAAUAUCGACGGCGCGGAAUACCACUGCAACAAGACUGCGGUCCGCAAGGUGAUCUCUGGCGUGGUGGGCGCAGCUUCCAGCGUCACGUCCAUCCAGGUGGCCAACCUGCUGAGGCUGUUCAAGAUUCCGCAGGUCUCGUUCUUCUCGACAAGUCCAGAGCUGAGCAACAAGCAGCGCUUCGAGUUCUUUUCACGCACCAUCCCCUCCGACCACUACCAAGUGAAAGCCAUGGUAGAGAUCGUGCGUCGCAUGGGAUGGUCUUACAUAUCAAUCAUCUACGAAGAAUCCAAUUACGGCAUCAAGGCGUUCGAGGAGCUGGAGACGCUGUUGGCUCGCCACAACAUCUGCAUCGCCGUCAAGGAGAAGCUGGUGAAGGACUCGGGCGUGGCUGAAGAGGCCGGCUACGACAGCAUCGUCAACAAGCUGCUCACCAAGCCGCGGGCCAGGGGUGCUAUCAUCUUCGGCUCGGACCAGGAGGUGGCGGGCGUGAUGCGCGCGGUGCGGCGCUGCAACGCCACCGGCUCCUUCUCGUGGAUCGGCUCGGACGGCUGGAGCGCGCGGUCGCUCGUAUCGGACGGCAACGAGCUGGAGGUGGAAGGCACGCUGUCCGUGCAGCCGCAGGCCAACCCCGUGCAGGGCUUCCACGACUACUUCCUGUCGCUCACCGUCGAGAACAACCGCCGCAAUCCCUGGUUCGUCGAGUUCUGGGAGGACCACUUCCACUGCAAGUACCCCAACAGCUCGCUGACGCCGUACAACUCCAAGUACACGACGCCGUGCACCACCAAGGAGGUGCUGACUCGCAACAACACCGCCUUCGAGGAUCAGCUUCAGUUCGUCAGCGACGCCGUUAUGGCCUUCGGGUACGCCUUCCGGGACAUGCACCGAGAGCUGUGCCACGGAAGGCCCGGCUUGUGCGACGCCAUGAAGCCCAUCAAAGGCAUGGAGCUGCUCAAGUAUCUACGGAAGGUCGACUUCGUAGGUCUGAGCGGCGACAAGUUCCGCUUCGAUCCGAACGGGGACGGCCCGGCGCGCUACAACAUCAUCCACUUCAAGCAGCUGCGGCCAGGACACUUCAAGUGGGUGCGCGUCGGCGAGUACAAGGAGGGGGAGCUGCGCCUCAACAUGUCAGAGAUCCAGUUCAAGCUGGGACACCCGCAGCCGCCGGAGUCGGUGUGCUCGCUGCCGUGCGAGAGCGGCCAGGCCAAGAAGUACGUGGAGGGCGAGAGCUGCUGCUGGCACUGCUUCAACUGCACGCAGUACCAGAUCCGGCACCCGACGGACGAGACGCAGUGCCUGAUGUGCCCGCUGGGCACGACCCCGGACACGGCGCGCGCGCGCUGCCGCGACAUCCCCGAGGUGUUCCUGCGCGCCAGCAGCGGCUGGGCCAUCGGCGCCAUGUCGCUGUCCGCCACCGGCGUCCUCGUCACGCUCUUCGUCGCCGGCGUCUUCGCGCGCCACAACGACACGCCCGUCGUGCGCGCCUCGGGCCGCGAGCUCAGCUACGUCCUGCUCACAGGCAUCCUGCUGUGCUACAGCGUGACGUUCGCUCUGGUGCUGCGGCCGACGGACGUGGUGUGCGGCGUGCAGCGCUUCGGCGCGGGCUUCUGCUUCACCGUGGUGUACGCGGCGCUGCUCACCAAAACCAACCGCAUCGCGCGCAUCUUCCACGCGGGCAAGCGCUCGGCGCGCAGGCCCUCUUUCAUCUCUCCGCGCUCGCAGCUCUGCAUCUGCAGCGCCCUCGUCGGCGUGCAGGUUCUGAUCAACGGCGUGUGGAUCCUGGUGUCGCCGCCGCGCGCCGUGCACCACUACCCGACGCGCGAGGACAACCACCUGGUGUGCUCCUCGCACAUCGACGCCUCCUACAUGAUCGCCUUCGGCUACCCCAUCGUGCUCAUCGUCGUCUGCACCGUGUAUGCCGUGCUCACGCGCAAGAUACCCGAGGCUUUCAACGAGUCCAAGCACAUCGGAUUCACAAUGUACACGACGUGCGUGAUCUGGCUGGCGUUUGUGCCGCUCUACUUCGGCACCAGCAGCCACGUGCCGCUGCGCAUCACCAGCAUGUCCGUCACCAUCAGCUUGUCGGCUAGCGUCACGCUUGCCUGCCUCUUCUCGCCUAAACUCUACAUUAUCAUCGUGCACCCUGAGCGCAACGUUCGCCAGAGCAUGAUGCCGGUGCGGUACAGCGCCAAGAGCCCCGCCGUCACGGGAACCACGCAGACAGGCAGCAUGAUGGCCGCCGUCGUCUGCGGCCAGAAGCCGCCGAUGCACCCGACGGGCAUCUCAUCGCAGACCACCGACUCCGGUAUGGAGCUGGAACUGCGUGAAGACGUGGUUCACCAGCGCCGUCCAGUGGUGCACGGCUGCGUGCUGCUGCUGGUGAACCGCUCGACUCAGACAGAGCCGCCACCCGCUGAGCCGCAGACGCAGCCCCAGCAGCAGGAGCAGCAGGUGGCCGCGGAGCACGGCAGCAGCAACGGGCCCGUGGCAGGCGGCCAGCCGCAGCUGCAGGCGCAGCAGCAGCAGCUGCAGCAGCCGCAGCAGGUGGACGUGCAGUUAUAGCGGAAGCGCAGCAGAGCCCACCGGCACUCGAGCCGCAGGCGGCGCUCGCCCGUCCUCGUGUGAGAGACGCAGCCUGCGCUGCGCCGGUUGCUGAGGCUCAGCCCUCGGCGUUCAGCACUGAUGCUCGAGACUGAACGCCCCUGCCACGGCGUCGAGCGAUUACGUGAAAGGUACAAAGGUGCCGAGACAGUACCACAGAUUCUUCCAUUCCCCUUUUUUCUUCCUGUGGGCUAGGUAAAGUUUUUGCUAUCGAUUUUUUCUUUAUGUGUGAUCCGGGUUCUCAUUGUCAACCCAACGAACUGUUCAGUGUGACGAAACACUAUAUGAAAUGAAGAAGAAUAGUCGUAAUUACAGUUUGUUCAGUAUUAUGAAAUGAAAAACGUAGUCCCGUAACAGUGUCGGAAAAGGUGUUCAAAUUGGAGCUGACUUUUGUCCUGUCCCUUAUGCCAAGCGUACCCUUCAUGUACAUAGUCUGUCAUAAACAUAUCUGUUUUACUCCUGAGCGAAUGCAUUCGAAGUAAACCGUGUUGGUCACCAUUGUCUAACUACUUCUUGAAAUUAGCCUUUAGAGUAACUCUCGACACUUCUACAGUACAGAACUUAGUUUCAUUUCUUAGGGAUUAGUAAAUUCUCUUACAUGGAUGCUAAAUAGUAUCUACGUUCAUUAAGUGUAGAGGUUUGGGAGAUGGUAAUGGUAAAACAGAAUGUGUCACAUGUUGAGCCCCUGUGGCACAUUCCUCUUAUCCGUCAGUUUCCAUUGAGAGUUGUACAACAUUGUUACUGUCAUAUGUACAAAGUAUUAAAAUCUGUGAUUAAGUAAAUUAAGAAAUCUGUGAUUCAUUAACCAUUUAAAAUGAUCUGCAAAUGAUAUACCAAAUAAAAUAGGAGGUAGCAGUCACAUGUAAACCCUUUUCAUCUGUGUAUGGGCAACUGUCAACAUUAAACCAUAUGAAAAUUUGCUUUUAAAUCACUUCCAACAAAAAUGAAAUUGUACCAUAUUAUAUUGUAAAUAAAGAAAUAUUACCAAAAAAUAGUCAGCUUUAUCUUUCUUGUUGUCUCCAUAAGUGUGUCAGUUGCUUACCACCCAAGUGUGCCAAUGAAGUAAAGAUAUAGGUGAGUGGAAAGAAUAGUAUUUAUCGGUUUGCAACAUUACUAUAGGUAAAUAUACAUUUUUGCUUGUAAUGUUAUGUAAUAUCUCGUCCUUAAAGGCCUACCAAAAACAAAGGUAGAGAGAAAUUAUUUUACCCUCGUGUAUUAUGAAAUGUCUGGAGACAAAAGUCUCCUUUGUAGGUAUAAACUUGAAUUCUACAGGCAGUUAAAGUGUGAAAGUUAGUUGUAUGUUUUCACCCUUUAGAACGAAGUGCAUAUAGAUGUCAGGUCCAAACUUAUAUAAUAUCAUUCCAGCUUUCUGAAUGGAUUGAAGGCCCCAUAGCAUAUAGGAAUUAGUACACGGUUCUCAAGACGCAGAAAUGCCAGGUGUGAAGUAGUUUCAUGUCACCCUGGGCAUAUCUUAAAAACCCAUGUCUAUGAACUACACAAGUGCAUACGUUCUCUUCCCUGUCGCUCAGCAAAGUCUGAUAUUCAUCCCAAAAGUAAAUAUGUGAAAACUAAGCAUUUUUUUACCUUACUCAUUUCCAAUACCCCCUAUUAAGUGAUGAUUCAGAUAUAAUAUGUGUUAUAUUAGUACUCGCUUAACGGCUUCGACAGCCAGCCGCUUCAGGAAACGUCAUGAUUUCCUACCGCACAGUGCCACUUCAGAUCAAUGCUACUCGUUCCUCUAGUGCGCCUCCAUUAUCCGAGCAGCUGACCCAGUUGUGAGCUUAUGUAGUUGCAAUCUGAUGUGAUUCUCCUUUCCUUGCCGCUUACAUUGUGACUUGAUUACGUACCAAUGAGAAAGUGAAAAUAAAAAAUACAGUCUACUACUGGAAAACCACUCAGUUUCAAACCUCCACAUUGCAAAAAAAAA